AUGAAGGACAUACAGGUGGCUCUGCUGCUCCUUGUGCAGGGCACAAUCACACAGGCAACCGUGACAGCAGCUCCAGAAGUGACUCCUCCUGUCAGCACACUUCAAUAUCUGACUCAGCUUAACGAGAAGGCUACCAGUCAGCGCAGCUCCCCAAAGCUCUUUGCCAACGUGACUGGCUCUCUGGAUGACCAUGGAAGUUGUCAGUGCUCUGUGUACUUGCCGGAUACCGACUUUCCCGUGCUGAAGGUCGAGCAAUUGCAAGUGAUAGCCACAACGCUCUUGCAGAAAUUUGAGGCAGAGCUUUCUCAAGUUAAAGAGUAUUCAAAAAGGAUUGAAAUAUAUCAACAGCAAAUUAUUAAUAUAACCAUCAGAGUGGAGCAUAUGGAGCAGAGCAGCAUAUCUUACACAGAACUGGACUUCCAGUUACUGAAAGUGGAAAUCAGUAACCUAGAAAAUCUGGUCAUUCAGCUGAAAUCCAGUGUUGUUGGGAGCAAUGUCAUCAUCGAUCAAAUAUAUUUGGAGAUCACAAAUCUAACUAUAAUGGUAAGUGAACUAGAAUCAAUGGACAAAAACAAUAUCCUUGCAAUACGUCGACAAGUUGCAUAUCUUCAGAAUCAAUUGAGAGAGUGCGAAGAGAGCAAAAACAAAACAACAGCACCCCCUUAUUUCCCACCAGGUAGCUGCAUUCACCGUGGACUGCUGAAUGUUAGCCAGCCCUAUGUUGCAAGGCUGAACUGGAGAGGAUCUUCCUACAAAUAUGGUUCCUGGGGUAGAGAUUAUUCUCCCUCCAACCCUGAGGAAGAGAUCUAUUGGGUUGCACCACUGACCACAGCUGGGAGAUAUUUUGACUAUCUUAGGAUUUAUGGUUCUUUUGAUGAUUUGCUGCUGUAUAAUCCAAUGUAUGAAAGAAAACUAUCCUAUGGGGAAGGAAGUGGUGCUGCUCUUUACAAUAAUUUUUUGUACUAUCAUGUUUAUUCUUCAUCAAAUAUAGCCAUGUACGAUAUACAUACAAACAAAGAGGUUGUGCGUAAAGCCCUUCCCUCUGCUGCUGUCAGUAACCGUUUCUCAUAUGCAGGUGUAUCGUGGCAAGACAUAGACUUUGCUGUGGAUGAAAGUGGGUUGUGGGUAAUAUAUUCAACAGAAGAUAGCCUGGGCAACAUUGUGAUUAGCAAACUCAAUGAGACCACACUUGAUGUGCUAAAUACUUGGCAGACAAGACAGUACAAGCCAUCUGUUUCCAAUGCUUUCAUGUUAUGUGGCAUUCUGUAUGCCACAAGGACACUGAGCACUAGGAAAGAGGAAAUCUUCUACACGUAUGACACAAGUACUGGCGAAGAAGGUCAUAUUAGUAUCAUCAUGGAUAAAAAGUUAGAGACAAUGCAGAGUCUUUCUUAUAGCCCCACAGACCACAGAUUGUAUGUUUACAAUGAUGGUUACCUUCUAAGUUAUGAUAUAACCUUUCAGCCUUAG